AUGGAGGAGGAGAUGCAGCAGCUCAGAGAGCAACUGGCUCAGCUGGAGGCGGACAAUGAGCGUCUUCGCCAGGAGAGGGCUGCGCCUCAGGCCGGCCCUGCUGGGGCUUUCCAUGCUCCCAACGUCUCCUCCGACCAGGCCCGGUCACUGGGCUCUCGUACCCCCUCCACAGAGCGUGUGUUUGUGAUGGCACGUGACCGUAAAUGCCCCUUGUUUAAUGGAGUUGUGGAAGUUAAUGCCAUCUCAGCCACGACACCCCCUCAAGUGACAGACGACCUUAUGCAGGUUACUAGCCUCAGAACCUAG